UAAAGCUUUUAAUGUUAUUAUUGAAUAAAAUAUUUACCCAUAAGAAUAAUUAAUAUUAUCGAGUAGCAUUACAAAUGUAUUUAUAAAUAUCUUCAUUUAGAACAAAAUAUAUAUAACUCUAAGUAACUUAUGCUUUAUAUUUGUGUUGAAAAAAAUAUUAAGUUUUUGAUUUCCUAACCAGCAAGACUGAAUCUAGUACUUCACAAGAUAAAAAAAUAUUUUAUGAUAACAAUUUUUAAUUUUCUUUAUAUUUAUAUUAAUUUACAUUGAUGUUUAGGAUGUAGGACAAUGCUAUUUAAUUAUUUUCAGGAUAAUUCAGAACUGUCAUCUCGGUACAGUCUAAUUGGAACCAAAUUUAAAAUGCAAUUUAGUUUGGGUAAUUGUUAUUCAUACCAGCUGAAGUCCAUAAUCCUAAACUUCCAAAUCCUGUGAUGAGUUUAGUUGAAUCUUUUUCCACUCAAUACUAUGAGCGUCAUGAUAAUCAAGUGUCCAGACAAAUGGUUUCAGAAGCUUACCAUGAAAAUGCCACGGUUACAUUAUUCAGCAGCUUAUUAUUUAAAAAUGUCGACGAUAGUUUAUCACAGUAUCUACCUGAAAGUAAAAAUUUUUUAAAAACUGACAGCCACAAACAUGAAAAACGUCGUUAUUUACACAAAGGCAAAGAAAACAUAAUUAACUUUCUGGACAAAUCACCUAAAUCCAAGCAUGACCAUGGCUCACUCAUAGUUGAUGUUCCAUUGGCAAAUGCUGCAAUGGUUCAGAUUGUAUUAAAUGGUGUGUUUGCUGAAGACUUAAAAGAAACUAACGAUAGGCAUGUAUUUUGAUCAUUCUCUAGAAAAUUCUGUAUAGUGCCGGUUGGAAGAGGUUGGAGUAUAAUUAGCGAUAUGCUGUUUAUAACAACUGUCACCGAAGAGUUAUUAUUAGACAUUUAAUUUUUUGUUUGAUUCCUAUUUUAAGUUUAUCAAGUGAUAUAGUUUUAUCAUAAGCCACCCAUUAUUAUUAAAUUUAUUAAUCUUUAUUAAAAUGGUUUUCUUGCAUCAUUUAAGUCAAAAUAACAAUUUUUAUUAAUAUAAUAUGUAGAUAUAUAUAUAUAUAUUUUUUUUUUUUUUUUGAACAUAAACAUUUUUGAAGAAUAUUCUUAAAAGUAUUUUAUAAAACAAUAAAUUCUGAAAUAACGUGUACUCCCCUGCUAGAUUUUCCGAUUCCCCAAUAUCUUAUAUUAUACUUACAAUUCGGGGAAGGGAGGAUUGGAGUCUGAACCUCCUUAGCUAAGAUAUUGCUCUCCUGCAAAGAAAACCUGCGCACGCUUAUGUCUAUUAUUAAUUUAUAUUAUUUUACUUAUCUUAUUACCACGGUGUACUUGAUCUUAUUCUCGAAUCAAGUGUGUGAUCUCAAAUAACAAGUGUACUCAACACUACUUACUGGUUACUGACAUUUUAAAGUAGUAAUAAUAUGGCAUAAUUAUAUAUUAUUAUAAUAAUUAAAUACUUAAAAUAUAAUAAAUUUACGAAAAUUUACAAACUAUAAGUAUUUUAAAGUAAAACGUUUAUAGCUUAAGUUUGAAAAUGCAAUCUAUUUAUUUAUUUAGAUAGAAUUUAAAAAUUUAAUUUAAUAUAAGAUAAUUUACAAUUUUUUUUAUGAAAAAUCAGUUUAAUUAUUGUAGAAAAUCAAGUGAUC